AGGACGAAACGCCGGAAAAGCGCGCCAAGCCGUGCGUUGCACUAGUGGGGUCGCCCAGGAAUUGCUUUUUCAAGCUCGAUUGCCCAACUCGCCUGACGCAACAGCCCUUAUGUUCCGUGGAUGUCAGACACGCAGGCAGCAGCAGUCCCGCAGUCCAGUAGGCUGUCGUGUUCCACCAAACUCUAAUAAAAAAGCGAAACACUCCUGGCCUCCCCGCACGUCACCCACGGCUCAUCCCGCCCCAUUCUGACCCGCGCACGCCUGGAUCGGCUUCGACCACGGUAAACAUUCUUAAAAGAGACAUCUGUCACGGUGACGAAUUUGACGUGAAGGCCUGAUGUGCUUGGGAGUCAACAUCGAGAUCGGUCCCGACGCGGCAUCGCACCAGGGAGUAUGCGGCUACUUGUGCCCGCGUCCUCCCAUUGCACCCGGACAGCCACCUUACGCAAUCGUGUGGCUCCCGAAGGUCCGCGAGCACAUUCCAUACGGGGUAAAUAAUUCAAUUUGGCGGCUUCGUUCCAGCAACAGCGAGUGGGGAUCCAGCUUCCUAAAGGCCUUCGGAGGCCUAUGUAAAUGUGGAGCUGGCAAGGAUGUCGGUUCGGCUGACCUAGGGUGGAAUGGUGGUAGAGAUGACGCUUGCUUAAAUCGUGGGUGUGUCUUCUGCAUGAUUGUUAAACGUCUCGCGCCCCGAGACAGGCCCGCUGAUCGGUCGGUCUCUGUGAGGGGGCAGAAUCCAUCACCUCGCAUCGUCAUGCAGCAAACCUGUCAGCAACGGCCCACUGCCAGCCGGUCGUCCACGCGGGGUCUGAUCAGCGGCAGUGGCCAACCCAUGCAUGUGCUCCCCGAGAUGUCGCAAGGACAGCAACCCGGAGCGCGUUCCAGAUUACGGGCGCGUAGACGAAACGUUUAUUGCGGUAUAUGAAGGCACCCAUCGUUCCCCGGAGCGACAUAAAUUGGCGGCCAGUCGUAAAUUAGAG